AUGAGAGAGGGAGGACAGGACAGCAUCUGUGCUCACUCUACUGUGGUCCCUCCUGGGGCCAGGCAUGAGUUUCUCCUACAGUUGCUGCCCUUGUGCUGGGCUUUCCAGGCCACUCUCAUAGCACCUGUGUGGUGCCCCUCUGCCUCCCACAGCUGGGCAACCCCACGAAAUCGGGUCCCACUGCAGAAUUUGUCCUUCACUGUAAAGAGUUCUCACCCCGAGCUGACCCCUCAGGCUGCGGCGCCUGCUUGACCAUGAUAUUGAAGUGACCAAGCUACAUCCUGCACCUGCCACUCCCUGUUGAAAGGGACUCUUGUUGGCUGUCCUGGGUCUCCCAGCCAGACCAGUUCUGUGUCCCUUGAGUGCCCCGUGUUCUUUUGUGAUCACAGAGGAGCAGCGUGGAAGUGGAAGAAGCCCCUUGAGGACUAGGGACCCCAGACCCCACUGCUUAAGCUCACCAGGGCUGCAGAAGCUGCUGGAGCCAGGCCAGCCUGAUUAUCCCCACUGUGCAGAUGGAACACUAAAGCCAGAGCCGUGAAGAAGUCAUAGCCUGCUCUUUCCAGCAGCCUUGUCACACCAGCACCCUGAGGGCCCUGUCAGAGUGUCAGGGUUCAUCCCAAGAGCCCAGGUCCACCCUGCUUCUGAUGUCCAGGGGAAGCCAUGGGCCGCCCCUGUCCUGCACUCCUGUCCUUGACCAAGCUCAGGCUGUGGUGGCUCCUUCUGAUGCCAGCAGUGCUGGCACAGCGAGGCUCUCACACGCAGGCCGAGGAUCGCCUCUUCAAACACCUCUUUGGGGGCUAUAACCGCUGGGCACGGCCGGUGCCCAAUACCUCGGAUGUGGUGAUCGUGCGCUUUGGACUGUCCAUCGCCCAGCUCAUCGAUGUGGAUGAGAAGAACCAGAUGAUGACCACCAAUGUCUGGCUAAAGCAGGAGUGGAACGACUACAAGCUACGCUGGAACCCGGCCGACUUCGGCAACAUCACCUCCCUCCGGGUCCCUUCCGAGAUGAUCUGGAUCCCUGACAUUGUGCUCUACAACAAGAAAGAUUCGUGUCCCUGCGGAGGAUGCAUGCCAGGCUGUGUUUGGGGUCCUCUUGCUUCUGCUCCCCGGCCUGGUGGCAGUACAGGGCACCACAGCCUGUCUCCUCUCCCCAGUGCUGACGGUGAGUUUGCGGUGACCCACAUGACCAAGGCCCACCUCUUCUCCACCGGUGCCGUGCACUGGGUGCCCCCGGCCAUCUACAAGAGCUCCUGCAGCAUCGACGUCACCUUCUUCCCCUUCGACCAGCAGAACUGCAAGAUGAAGUUCGGCUCCUGGACCUACGACAAGGCCAAGAUCGACCUGGAGCAGAUGGAGCAGAUGGUGGACCUGAAGGACUACUGGGAGAGCGGCGAGUGGGCCAUCGUCAACGCCACGGGCACUUACAACAGCAAGAAGUACGACUGCUGUGCCGAGAUCUACCCCGACGUCACCUUCUACUUCGUCAUCCGGCGCCUGCCGCUCUUCUACACCAUCAACCUCAUCAUCCCCUGCCUGCUCAUCUCCUGCCUCACGGUCCUCGUCUUCUACCUGCCGUCUGACUGCGGCGAGAAGAUCACGCUGUGCAUCUCCGUGCUGCUGUCGCUCACCGUCUUCCUGCUGCUCAUCACCGAGAUCAUCCCGUCCACCUCGCUGGUCAUCCCGCUCAUCGGCGAGUACCUGCUCUUCACCAUGAUCUUCGUCACCCUCUCCAUCGUCAUCACGGUCUUCGUGCUCAACGUGCACCACCGCUCGCCGCGCACGCACACCAUGCCCCACUGGGUGCGCCUGGUCCUGCUGGGCUGUGUACCCCGCUGGUUGCUCAUGAACCGACCGCCGGCGCCGCCCCUGGAGCUCCAUGGGUCACCGGGCCUGAAGCUCAAUCCCACGUGUCACUGGCUGGAGACCAAUGUGGAUGCGUGGGAGCGAGGGGAGGAGGUAGCAGAGGAGCAGGAGGAGGAGGAGGAGGAGGAAGCCUGGGUGUGCUCAGGACGCCCAGCCCCUUGCACGAGUGUCCUCUACAGCCGCAGUAGCAGCAGCAGCAGCCGCCUGCAUCCGGGGGCGACGGGGCCCAAAGCAGAGCCUGCAUCGUGGGAACGUGAAGGCUCGCUGUCCUCUCGCAUGCAGAAGGCCCUGGAAGGUGUGCACUACAUCGCCAAGCACCUGCGGUCGGAGGACGCUGACUCUUCGGUGAAGGAAGACUGGAAGUACGUCGCCAUGGUCAUCGACAGGAUAUUCCUCUGGUUGUUCGUCAUCGUCUGCUUCCUGGGAACCGUCGGGCUCUUUCUUCCUCCAUUCCUGGCUGGAAUGAUCUGACUCCAUGCCCCUCGUGUUAACUCUAAGGUCCCCCUGCCCACCAUCUUCUGAGAUCUUUACUGCGGCUGCCUCUAGUGUACCCUUUGGGGUCAAAGCCAUCUGCCUGGUGUGCUUCUGUGGAGUCCUCACUCUGGCCCAGACUGUGCGGCUUUUCAGGUGGGCAUGGUUCUUCUGGCCAUCACACAUUGUAACCUGCUGACUGAUGCAGAGCCCUGCCUCAGAGGCCGAGGAGCUGGAAGAGGUGAAGGCAUCUACUUUUGGAAGCCUGGGACAUCACAGUGACGGUGUGAGCCGAAGAUGCUCCCAGAGGAGCAAUGUGGACCCUAAGUGACAGAGCCACACAGGGGGUGGAGGGCUGGGACCAGGACAGAGGGAGAGGUGCAGCCCCCAGGAUGGCACAUGGGGGGAAGGGGUGGAGGCCUGGGGGUGGAGAUGAGCAGCAACAUUGUGGGUGCAGAAAGGAGCCCAGCACGACAGGGAGGAACAGAGAGGGGCUGUCCGCUGCAUUCUUUGCCCCCACCUGCAGCGCCUCUGAGCCCCUGCCCCCUCCCCCUAAUUUGCUGCAAAGGGGCUGCCACCAGCCAGCUGAGCUUGCUGCUGCCCUGUGGGGCCACCGGAGCACACAGCGAGCAGAGGCAAAGGCAUCCACCCUGAGUCUCGCUCAGGGUGCACCUGACUCAAACUUGCAGCUUGAGCUGGGCAUGGUGGUGCACAUCUGUGGUCCCAGCACUCUGAAAGGCUGAGGCAGCAGGACCAGAAGUCUGAGCCCAACCUGGGCAAGGUAUGUUAAAGCAGGUCCCAAACUUAACAAAAUUUAAAUUUAAAAAGAGCCAGAGAUGUAGUCAGUGUUCCCUGGGCUCCAUUCCCAGGACCUCAAAAAUCAAAAGAGGGGCCUGGUCCCUGAUACCCACUUUACUUCAGGGUUUUGGUCUGAACUCCUCCAAGGCGGGGCAGAUGCCUUUUGUCUCCCUUGACCAGCGCAGAGCACAGCACCAGGUGUGUGGGAUCAGCCCUAGAGACGUGAGUCCAUGAAGUGGGGCAGCAAGCUGAGGCCUCAGGAAGGUCCCCUCCCAGGAAGACCCCCUGGUUCUGAUGGGUCAGCUGUCCAGUGGCCUGUGCAUUUUUCCUCCACCACAGCAGGGAAGUUCCAUGGGGCUGAGGGAUGGGAGCCCAGACCUCAGCAUCUCACAGAGGUGGGCACCGGGCUCUCUAGAUAGCACGAGCCCCUGGGCAGGAAAUGGAAUAGGGGAAUUUUCUGUUUCCCAGAAAUCUUAAGGUCUUCUCCUACCUCUACCCAAGAUCCUGGCCCAGCAGGCCCCUCCUCAAUUCCCUCUUCCUUUCUCGUCUGGGCUCCUCCUUGUUCCUGAGAAUGUAGCCCCCAGCUCCCCUGCUUGGUCCAGGGGUAAUCGCCAUGUUGUUCCUGCCCCUUGUCUGUCUCGCAUGUGAGUAAAGCCAUUAAAUAAA